AUGACCACCGCCCCAGCUGCGCCAGCGGCAUCUACAACGCCGCAGCAGGCCGCCACUCCGGCGCCGCUGCCAUCCGCCGCACAGCGCGCCGUGCCGGGCCCCGCCCCGCUGACCCGCACCGCGCUGCCUCUUUACACCUCCUCGGCCCCCGCCGCGGCCGCCGCUGCCGCCAAUGGGACGGCCGCGAGGCGGCGGCGGCGCCGGCGGCAGCGCCGCCAGGCAUCUCCCUCGCCGUCGCCGGCUUUCUUAGCUCGCCCACAGCAGCUGCAGCAGCUGCAGCCUGUGGGCUACAGCACUGCAAAGGAACGCGCGGAGGUGGUCUCAGCAGGCUCGUUGCAGCUGCCGCAGCGCGUCCAGGCCGCGAGCCCCACACCGACGCUGCCGCAAGCGCAGCAGCAGGCGGUCUUUGAGCGCCUCAGCUCGAUGCUGGGCGGGCAGGUGCGGGGGCAGGCAGGCGCGGGGGCUGGCAGCAGCAGCGGGGACGAGCACGCACAGGCGCGGGCGGAGGGCGGGGACCUGGGGCGGCGGCGGCGGCACCGCCGCCUUAGUGCGCGGACGCUCAAGCAGGCCCCAGCUGGCCGCGGGCCGCCGCCCGACCUGGCGCAGCUGCUGCUGGCCCUGACCGCCCCUCCGGUCACCACCGCCAGCCAGCAGCAGGCGGUUCCACCGCCCAUCAACAUCGCGCAGCCGCGGCCGCCGGGCGACGCCGGCGGCGGCGCGGCGCUCAGCACGGGCGGCGCCGUGGCCGCGGGUGCGCGCAACGCGGCGGUGGUCAACGUGGUGCGCGCAGAGCAUGGCGUGGUGAACCCGGUCAAUGACGUCACCGUGCUCAACCCGCGCGGGCAGCCGCAGGGUCAGAUUCUGCAGCAGCAGCUGACCUCGAUUGAAAACGACGCCCUCUCCGUCGGCAUCGACGUCGCGCGCGGCGGCGUAGUCGGCGAGAUCACUUCGCCGGUCAUGCCGCCGCCUUUGACCGGGCGCAACCUGGUCAACGUCUGGGACUGCGGGCGGCUGGUGCAGCAAAGCUACUACGGGUGCUCAGACGGAUCGUGCUGGGCGUCCAAGCCUUGGCGGUGGAACCCUGGUACCGUGUAG